AUGGCCAAACAACUGGCUCUUCAGCUGUCGCUCCUGCUGUGGCUCCUCUUCGGCUUCUCCGAAGGCAGCAGCAAGGUUGCCGGUCGGCCACCUUCCUUCAUUUCUCGCCGCGGCUGGUCAGCGCGGCGGAGCGUGCCGCGAUUCCUCCUCCUCCUCCUCCUCCUCUACCACGUCCUACGCCUUGGCUGCCUCCCCGCCUGGCCCUCAACGAGCAUCUCUCUGCCCCGCUGGAUCCGAGUCGAGGUCGGAUCACUCGCGAGCAACCGCAGCAUCAGGGUCGGCGGCAGCACGACGGGCACGACGGCCAGCUCCAUCCCGCCCACGCCACCUCCAGGACCCGCGCUCCCAGGCACCGCCCCCCUCACGGCGUCGAUGCCACCGCCGCUUUUGGUCCUGCGGCCCGUGAACCACUACGAGACGCGCAGCGACGCGCCGACGAUGGCCAGCCAGUCCAACAGCUCGCGCGACAGGCCGACGAUGCCCCCGAUGCCCUUUGGAUCCGUCAACGGUGCCUUUGGGUCGGUGCCCGGCAUCGUCGGUGGCCCCCCCUCUGCGCAUCGCAAGUCGGCGCUCAGCUCUCCCGCCGCCAUCGGCACGCUAUCGGCGUGCGCCUUUAUCGUCGUGGCCGUGAUCACGGUGCUCAUCUUUGGCCUUCGACGCGCUCGGCGCGAUCCCGUUCGGUACGGACCGCGGGCGGCCGACCCGGAGCAUCCCGACGGACCGAUCCCGCCGAGGAGCCGUGCGGCCGGCCUGACCAGAGCGGUGCUCGACACGUUCCCCGUCACCACCUGGGGUGCGCUGCGGGCAUCCCCUCGAAAGUUGCCAGAGGGCAGCGUGGUGCGCCGCCCGCCGUCCGCAGACCAGCGGGCCGAAGUAGCAGCAGGCCACGCCGUGGCUGCCGUUGAGUGCGCGGAGCUGCCGCCAAACACACCCGCUGCGUUCGGGUUGGCCCACGGUCGGACAGAGGCAGCAGCGGGGAGCACAGAACAUGAGGGACAAGCCGCCACAGGGAGCCUUUGCCGCCCGCCCGUUACGCUAUCACCCGACGACGACCGCAUGACGACGCAUGCGACGACCGACGCACUGGCUGGCGAGCAGAACAGCUCUGGCCGCAGCAAGGCUUGGACGGGCAACGGGGCUCACGACAAUGACGAUCAAAACGAUGACCAGGCUUGCACCGCGGCCAUGGUAGCAGACGAGAGGACGGAAUGGUGCGCCAUCUGCACCGAGACGUUUUCGCACGGCGACGAGGUGAGGGUGCUCCCCUGCCUCGGUCGGCACCACUACCACGUUCAAUGCAUCGACUCGUGGCUCACCAUCAGCCCAAUGUGCCCACUGUGUCGCGAGGAUCUCCAACCCCAUCCUCCGCCUCAAGACGCGGCCGGCACCAACGGCACCCAGUCCAUCCGAGCCUCUGUGGACCGCACCGCCGAAAGGACCCUGGUCGAAGGACUGAGGUGA